CUGACUCCAUUCCUCUUCUUCCCCUUAUAAAAUCAAAACCACCCUCUUAAUCUCUCUCUCUCUCUCUCCAUUCCCUUUUAUUUUGUGGGACAUUUUGAUUUGGGGGUUUGGUUGAGGUGGUGCUGUUAGAGAUGACAGGUCCAAACAUGGCGACCAUAACUGCAUCGCUGGAAAGAUCUCUUCAAAACUGCUCGCUAAACCACCACAACCACAACAGUAGUAGUAGCAGCAGCAAUAGCAUCGCAGGGGUUGGAAGGUCAGCAGCUUCAGAUUCGCCGGAGAAUCAUCAUGGUGAUCUCUCUAAUAACUCAUCAGACACCGCAUUGGAACUCAAUUCCCAGAUCUCCCUUCCUUACCACUGGGAACAGUGCCUCGAUUUAAAGACGGGGGAGAUAUAUUACAUAAACUGGAGGACGGGGAUAAAAGCGAAAGAAGAUCCAAGAACAAGGGGUGAGUCUAGUGGAGAUAUCUACAGCGAUGAUGAUGAUAGGUCGUCGUAUGACAGUGAAGGGUCUUCAUCGGAGUCAUCUCUAUUAUCAUCAAGAGAACCACAUAAUUUUCAGGAGAGAAAUGGUCAUAAAGACCAUAUACUCGUUGUGGCUGGGUGCAAGAGCUGUCUAAUGUACUUCAUGUUGCCCAAACAGGUCGAGGAUUGCCCCAAAUGUUGUGGUCAACUUCUCCAUUUUGAUCGCUCCUUUGAUAAUACCAGCUCUCCAUGAAUAAUUAGUGAUUCCAUUUAUAUAUC